AUGGUGUAUGAGUCCAAUUAUUUGAGAUUAAUGAAGAAUGCUUUUCCAAAUCACAUAACUGCAGAGAUUGGUUACAAAACGGCAGCUUUGCGGCUAAUGUUCGACCACCAUAUUAGUUUCAUUGAUGUGAAUUUUGAAGACAAGGGAAGCAGUACCUUGGUUACUUGUCCUCAGAUUCACGAGCCGAUUUUGGUGGAGGAAAGCUAUUUUUUGACGGUGUUUUGCGACGAAUUGAGAACGCUCAUAAUGAAAGAGAUGGCAGUGAAAGUCUUUGAUUUUUUGGUGCUAGACAAGAGCAAGUACUUUGAAGAUGCUUCAUCUGAAAAUUUGAAUACUAGAACUACCAUACUCACAAAUCUCAAUGAGGUUUACCAAAAUCAAUGAGGUUUACCAAAACAGAAAACUUCAAACUACUGAGAUUAGUCUAGAGGUUGAAGACGCCUCCCAACUAUUUUUGGUACUGCCAUUUGUGGAUCGAAAUAUUUUGAAAACUGUUUUCAUAUCGUCUAUAUAUAAACAAAGAACAAUUGAUUUUCAAGAGAUUUUUGAGCUAGAUAUAUGGAACAGUGUAACCACUGUAAAAAUUAAAUGUUGCAUGUCUCCGUCUUCGUCAUUGCAACAUCUUUGCAAGGUUCCAGAUGUUAGAGUGAAAUUGGAUCAUGCAUCUAUAGACGAGCUGCGUGGUGUGGUACAGGCGUGCGUCAGUAACCCGGAUUGCCGUUAUUUUGUCGUUAGAUUUCGUGAAAAAUCAAACAAGGAACAAUUUGAUUUAUUUGGAACAAUGGAAACAAUUGAUCAUAAUGGAUCAAAAAUUUUAGAAAAUUCAAUCGGAAAAUUUCGUAUUCUCUUUUGUCCAGAUACCCUGCAAAUAAUUCGCGUGUUUGAUAAGAAGGAAGAAACACGUGAAAUUGAACAAAAUCAAGAUGAAUUUUCAAUACCUGAUUUAAAUGGACCACUCAGAGUUUUUCAAAAUUAUUUGAUCAUGGAGCACGUGCUGGAAAAACUUGCUUUAGGAACCAUACAGGCACUUCGAAGAGUGUCACGUGGAGUCCGCCAAGUCAUUGAUUUCUUGAAACCUGACUCUAAAAUUUGUGGAAUUGAAAUUGUACUCCUAAAUUUUGAGGCGGUACGAGUGAACAUGUACUUCAAAGACGAAAUUACUUUGAAAAGCAAGCUUUACUAUUCAACAGGAUAUUCUUCAAAAUUAGAGGAGGUCAAUGAGUCAUUGAGCAAGAUCUAUGAAAAUGUAAAAACUUAUGGAAAGUGUUGUGUUGAUGAGGAGACUUCGGAAGGUCAUGCAUGGGAUCGUUUUACAAAAGAAAUGAUAUUAGAUUUGCAAAACCAGAAAUCAGUGAUUCAAGAACUAUGUGUAAAUGCUACUCGCCCUGAAAAUGAAACUGAAAAGAAUAUUUUCAAGUUGAGCGCAAGUAUUAUUUGCGCAUUGUUGGAAAAUUCACUGAAAUCUUUGGAUCGUUUGCUUCCGGUGAAGAAGCUCAAUAUGGAGGCCGAUAAUGAAGAAGAUGUUCUGAGAAUUCUGAAGAAUCUUGAUCCAACUGCAUUGAGUGCCAUGGAAAUUCGAAAACCAGAUACUUCUCUCACAUUUCCGGGCUUAGACAUCAAUGAACUUUCAACGCUGGAUCAAUGGAAACACGCGCAAGAACUAUUGUGUGGGCCGCUGAUUGCUGUGUAUCAAGUUGAGUCUUUAUCACAUUUUUCCGUGAUCGAUGUUCACCUACCAACAAUUUCAUUGCAAGACGUAGUAUACUUAAAAAGUAAAUUCCAAAGCUCCCAUACUUUCACCAAGUGCAGAAUUGUUUUUGACGUUAGUGAUAUAAAUGAAGACAUUUUUGAGGGAGAAGGCUUGGGAUUUCCGCACGUACGCUCAUCUGCAACUGGUCAACCGAAUAUAUGGUUCUUUCAGUUUCCGGACCCUGGUCAUGUUCUCCAUGUAUUAUAUAAUGUAAAUCAAAAAUUUGUUUUUUCUCGAGUUCCUAGAUCUAGAGCACCUGGUUAUGUUGUUAAUAGAGUUUAA